AUGGAGUCGCUCCCUUCGGUUUCAUGGAAAGGGGUGGUCCUCCUGUCCGCCACGAUUAUACUCGAAGUGCUCGGAGCGAUGUGCAUGAAGAUGUCAAACAACUUUGCCAACAUCAUUCCAAGCGUCUUGCUCUUUGUCUUUUACGGCUCCUCUUUCUACCUCUUCACGCAUGCGCUCAAGUAUUGGCCUCUCAGCAUCGCCUACGCUAUCUGGUCAGGUGUCGGGACAACGGCGACGGCAGCAAUCGGCAUCAUGAUCUUCGGUGAGGCGCUGAGAGCAAAGCAUUUCUUCGGACUCAUCCUAAUCAUCCUUGGGGUUGUUUCGAUGAAUUUGUAA